GAAGAUCUUUGUUUCUAGCACUCCAAAAAAGCAAUUUCUAACAAUCAAAACCUUCCCUUCCCUUAAAUUUACCUCUCUUUUCACACCCCAUUUCUCAACCAUUUUCUAUUCCACCAUAACCAUGAAACACUCCAUUUCUCUCUUUCUCACUACAAUCUUCUCAGUUUUCUUCUUUCUAACAAGAUUUUCACUUGUUUUCUCCAUUAGUAGUUCAAAUCUUCCUCUGCAACUCAUUUCUCUUUUGUCUUUAAAAUCAUCUUUUGAUCCUCACAACAAUUUCCAUGACUGGGAUCCUACACUUGCUUUUUCAAGACCAAGUUCACAUAUUUGGUGUUCUUGGUCUGGCAUUAAAUGUGACAAAAAAACAAGCCAAAUCACAUCACUUGAUCUCUCAAGGCGAAAUCUUUCUGGUACAAUUCCAACAGAUAUCAAACACUUAGUACACCUUCACCACCUAAAUUUAAGUGGAAAUUCCUUUUAUGGUCCUCUCCAAACAGUCCUUUUCGAAUUCCCUUUCCUUAAAACUCUUGACAUUAGUCAUAACUCUUUUAAUUCCACGUUCCCACCUGGCAUUUCAAGACUCAAGUCUUUAACACACUUAAAUGCUUAUAGUAAUGAUUUCACAGGCCUUUUGCCUCAAGAAAUUGUUCAGCUUCCUAAUCUUGAGUACCUUAACCUUGGCGGAAGUUAUUUCGAGGGUGUAAUUCCGAAAACUUAUGGUAAUUUUUCAAAGCUGAAGUUUUUACACUUGGCUGGAAAUGUAUUAACAGGUCCAAUUUUACCUGAGUUGGGUUUCUUGAAACAGCUUCAACGUAUAGAGAUUGGUUACAACAAUUUCAGUGGUGGUAUCCCUGUUGAAUUUUCCUCUUUGUCAAAUUUGAACUAUCUUGAUAUUUCCCAAGCCAAUAUAUCUGGUUUUCUACCUUUUGGGUUAGGCAAUUUGACAAAGCUUGAAACUUUGCUUCUUUUCAAGAACCAUUUGUUUGGUAUAAUCCCGCUGUCUUUCGCCAACCUGAAAUUGUUGAAAUCGUUGGAUUUAUCCGACAAUUAUCUCACAGGAACAAUUCCUGAAGGAUUUUCAGGAUUUAAGGAGCUGACUCUUUUAAAUUUGAUGAACAAUAAUUUAACAGGUGAAAUCCCACAAGGAAUUGGUGAGCUUCCUAAUCUUCAAAUGUUGGCUUUGUGGAAUAAUUCAUUCACUGGAAUUUUACCACAGAAGUUGGGUUCAAAUGCUAAGCUACAAAAACUUGAUGUCUCUUCAAAUCAAUUGUCAGGUCCAAUUCCACCAAAUCUUUGUCUCAGUAACAGCUUAGUUAAACUGAUCCUGUUUUCAAAUCAGUUUAUAGGUGAGCUUCCUUCUUCCUUAGCCAAUUGCACCGCGUUAACGCGGUUCAGAAUUCAAAACAACAAGCUCAACGGCUCGAUUCCUUUGGGUUUCGGUUUCUUGCCCAAUUUAACGUUCCUGGACAUGAGUAAAAAUAACUUCUCUGGUCCAAUUCCGAAAGAUUUUGGGAAUGCUGGGAAAUUGGAGUAUUUGAACAUAUCAGAGAAUUCAUUCAACAGUGAGUUGCCUGAUAGUAUCUGGAGUUCUACAAGCUUGCAGAUAUUUUCGGCAAGUUACAGUGGCCUAAUCGGGAAAAUUCCCAAUUUCAAAGGGUGUCGAAGUUUGUACAAAGUUGAACUUGAAGGAAAUAAUCUAACAGGUAGCAUUCCUUGGGAUAUUGAGCAUUGUGAGAAGCUCAUUUGCUUGAAUUUUCGACGAAAUUCGCUUACUGGAAUCAUUCCCUGGGAAAUAUCUGCAAUUCCUUCUAUAACGGAAGUUGAUUUGUCUCAUAAUUUUCUCACUGGAACAAUUCCUUCGAAUUUUGCCAAUUCCAGUACUUUGGAAAAUUUCAAUGUGUCCUAUAAUCAGCUCACUGGUCCGGUGCCUUCUUCGGGCUCCAUAUUCUCAAGCCUACAUUCGUCGUCCUUCGUUGGAAACGAAGGCCUUUGUGGUACUGUCAUUCAAAAACCUUGCGGGACCAAUGGGCUCGCUGCUGGAGCCUUGGAAGUCAAGCCGCGGCCUAAAAAGACAGCUGGAGCGAUAGUCUGGAUAAUGGCUGCGGCUUUUGGUAUUGGGCUGUUCGUCCUUAUAGCUGGGAGCCGAUGUUUUCACGCCAAUUACAGCAGGCGAUUUUCAGGCGAAAGAGAAGUUGGGCCGUGGAAGUUAACAGCGUUUCAAAGGUUGAACUUCACGGCAGAUGACGUGUUGGAGUGUUUGACAAUGACGGACAAGAUCCUCGGAAUGGGUUCAACAGGGACAGUGUACAAGGCCGAGAUGCCAGGUGGCGAGAUCAUAGCGGUGAAAAAGCUAUGGGGAAAGCACAAGGAGACAAUCAGGAAAAGGCGAGGCGUUUUAGCUGAGGUCGAUGUUUUAGGCAACGUAAGACAUAGGAAUAUCGUGAGAUUGUUAGGUUGUUGCAACAAUAACGAGUGUACUAUGUUGUUGUACGAGUACAUGCCCAAUGGUAACCUCGACGAUUUGUUGCAUGGUAAGAAUAAGGACGCUAAUUUGGUAGCUGAUUGGGUCACUAGGUACAAAAUCGCGCUCGGUGUGGCUCAGGGGAUUUGUUAUCUUCAUCAUGAUUGCGAUCCCGUCAUUGUUCAUCGCGAUCUUAAGCCUAGUAAUAUUCUUUUGGAUGGUGAAAUGGAGGCUAGAGUUGCUGAUUUUGGUGUUGCUAAAUUGAUUCAGUGUGAUGAAUCUAUGUCAGUAAUCGCUGGAUCUUAUGGCUACAUUGCACCCGAGUACGCGUAUACAUUGCAAGUUGAUGAGAAGAGUGACAUCUACAGUUACGGUGUGGUGCUAAUGGAAAUUUUAUCAGGGAAAAGAUCGGUAGAACCAGAAUUUGGUGAUGGAAAUAGUAUUGUAGAUUGGUUUAGGUCCAAGAUUAAGACUAAAAAUGGGAUAUACGAUGUGUUGGAUAAAAAUGCUGGCGCUUCGUGUCUUUCAGUGAGGGAGGAAAUGAUGUUGUUGCUGAGGGUGGCAUUGCUCUGCACGAGCCGGAAUCCGGCGGACAGGCCAUCAAUGAGGGACGUUGUAUCUAUGUUGCAAGAGGCCAAGCCUAAGAGGAAGUUGCCUGGAGCUGUGGCUACUGCUGAUAACAAUGCAAUUGCUGCUAUUCCUUUGGCUCAAAAGCCCAAUGUGGAGUGUUAAUAUAAUUGGAGAUUUUGGCUUGUUUUUCUUCUCUUUGAUUUGAUUUUUCAACUUCUCUUUAAAUAGUGGGGGGAUUGGUAUAGGUGAAGUUAGUACUUAAUAUUUUUCUUUCUUAAUUUUUUGCUAAUGGAAAUUCCCAGAGUGUUCUCUUUCCAUUGUUCUUUGACAUUAGAUUGAGGCUA